AUGAUUAAUUGGGAUGUGAAAUUGCAAACCGCUAUUUCUGACUUAGAAGUUGUUUAUAAGCCUGAAAAAAAUAAACUUUACUAUCUCAAAUAUUAUUUAGUUGAAAGCAAAGAAGAGUAUUUGGCGGUUGCUACUAGCCGUCCUGAAACCAUUUUUGCUGAUGCAUGCUUGUUCGUUAAUCCCCAUGAUAGUCGUUAUACUAAGUAUAUUGGAAAGAAAGUAGUUAACCCCCUUAAUCAACAAGAGAUACCGGUUUUGGCUGAUGAAAGCGUUUUAAUUGAUUUUGGUACGGGAGUUUUAAAAUGUACUCCGGCACAUGAUUUUCAAGAUUAUGAGUUGGGGAUGAAGUAUGGUUUAGAUUGCAAAAUUUGUUUAGAUUCAAAAGGAUACCUCAAUGAGUUAGCUGGUAAAUAUCAAGGGUUAGAAAGAUUUAUAGGAAGAAAAAAAAUUAUUGAAGAUCUACAAAAGACUAAUAUUUGUUUUCAAAUAGAAACUUAUGAAAGUAAUAUUGGCUAUUCUCAGAGAAGCGAUAUAGUUGUUGAACCUUAUUUGUCUACUCAGUGA